AUGGAACAACAUAUGGAUAAAACAUGGAUCGGAAAAGACAGGGACACAUUAGACUAUGAAAUCGGGGUUGAAAAUUUUUUGAUUUAUGCCGAAGAUAAUAGUGAAGAUCCUAAGAGCAUACCUUGUCCAUGUUCACGCUGCGGUAAUUUCAAGAAGUUAUCGGUAAAAGUUAUUAGGGGUCAUCUGUAUGAGAAUGGGUUUAGCUUGGGUUACAUUAAAUGGAUUUGGCAUGGGGAAUCUAAGACUACUUCUAGAUCAACUGAUGCUUCUCACACCAAACAGGCUCCUGAUCCUAAUCCUGAUCUGACAGAAGCCUUUGGUGUUUGCAAAGCAGCAUAUAAUAAUUCGGGGGCUGAUAAUUACGAUAAAAAUUCGUAUGAAUUCAAGCGGUUUGUAGCUGAUGCUCAACAACCUUUAUAUGAGGGUAGUGAAUGCAGUAAACUAGAUUCAAUGUUAAAAUUGCACAACUGGAGGGCGCGAUUUGGUAUUAGCGAUAAUGCAUUUACUGACCUAUUAUCUUCUGUGGGUUCCUUACUUCCUGAGGAUCAUGUCUUGCCUGUUAAUGCGUACGAAGCAAAGAAAACCUUAUCUAAUUUAGGCCUUGAAUAUAUCAAAUUCCACGCAUGUCCGAAUGAGUGUGUUCUGUACAGGGGUGUAAACGAGAGUGCUUCUGAGUGUCCCAAGUGUAGUUUAUCUCGAUGGAAGCUGGGGAAGGAUGGGAAAGCUAGGGUUAAUAUUCCAGCGAAAGUAAUGUGGUACUUUCCAGUUAUUCCCAGAUUUAAACAGAUGUUUAAAUCUGCUUCAACCGCUAAACUUUUAACUUGGCAUUCCGACAAAAGAAUUCAGGAUGGCCAAAUGCGUCAUCCAGCAGAUUCACCUUCUUGGCGGAAUGUUGAUUAUAGGUGGCCAACCUUCGGUAAUGAGCCAAGGAACCUCCGCUUAGCUUUAGCAGCAGAUGGUAUCAACCCACAUAAUAACGGUCUAACUAAUAGAUAUAGUUGUUGGCCAGUAGUUUUGAUAACUUAUAAUCUUCCUCCAUGGUUAUGCAUGAAGAGGAAGUUUAUGAUGUUAACCGUACUAGUCUCUGGUCCACAUGAGCCUGGUAAUAACAUUGAUGUCUUUCUACAACCACUGAUUGAUGAUUUGCUGAAGCUAUGGGAAGAAGGCGAGCCAAAUGUAUACGAUGCUAGUACCAAUUCUUUUUUCACUUUAAGAGCAAUGUUGUUAUGGACGAUAAGUGACUUCCCGGCAUACGGAAAUUUAUCAGGUUGCGUGAAUCAGGGGUAUAUGUCAUGUCCUGUAUGUGGUGACGACACUGUUGCGAAAUAUUUAUCCCAUAGCAGGAAGAUGUGUUAUCAAGGUCACCGUCGCUAUUUGCCUAGGCAUCAUCCUUAUAGAAGGAAGAAAGCAGCUUUUAAUGGCGAACAAGAAUUUGGACAACCACGUCAACCCCUUUCUGGAGAACAGGUUCUAGAGCAACAAGAGCAAAUUAAAUUUACUUUUGGAAAAGAAGUAAAGAAGGCAAAGAAGGUAGACUGUCCAUGGAAGAAAAAGUCAAUUUUUUUUGACUUAGAAUACUGGAGAUUUCAUCAUGUACGUCACUGUCUCGAUGUUAUGCACAUUGAGAAAAAUGUGUGCGACAAUUUGAUUGGGACACUACUUAAUAUAAAGCACAAGUCUAAAGACAGUGAAGCAUCUCGUAAUGACAUGAUGGAAAUGGGGAUUAGACUUGAUUUAGCUCCGCAAGUAGGUGUAAAGAGAACUUACCUACCUCCUUCUGUUUUUACUCUUACAAAGGCCGAAAAACGAAAAGUGUUGGGAUCACUAUUAUCAAUGAAACUGCCAUAUGGACACGUAUCGAAUAUUAAAAACUGUGUAUCAAUGGCUGAUGCGAAGUUGUUUGGACUCAAGUCCCAUGACUGCCACAUACUACUUCAGCAGCUGCUUCCGGUCGCAAUCCGGUCUGUACUCCCCAAAAAUGUAAGGGUUAGCAUUAUCAGGCUGUGUUUCUUUUUUAACUCUUUGUGUAACAAGGUUGUAGAUGUAUCAAAACUAGAAAAAUUGCAAGCUGAUGUGGUACUGACAUUGUGCGAGCUAGAAAAGAUUUUUCCUCCGUCAUUUUUUGAUGUAAUGAUACAUCUCACCGUUCAUUUGGUCCGAGAAUUGCGACUCUGUGGACCUGUUUUCUAUCGAUGGAUGUUUCCUUUCGAACGGUUUAAUAAAGUGCUCAAAAGCUACGUGAAAACCGUUUUUAUCCGGAAGCUUGUGCUUUUUGCAAGGAUGCACAAGGAAUAUAUUGAACAUAUUUAUGGAGGGAGAAACAAAAGCAUUCAGUGGCUGAUUGGCUAUCUGGUAGAUGGGGUGCGCUACUUCACAAAAGACAGAGAUAAUGCGAGGGUUGUACAAAAUAGUGGUGUCUCCUUAGUAGCUAAGACGGUCCAGGUUUCCAGUGCUAAAGAUUUAAAUCUCGUGGAGAGCGACAUGACCUUUUAUGGAAGGAUUGAAGAAAUAUGGGAGUUAGAUUAUCAUGCAUUUAAAGCCCCAUUAUUUCUGUGUAGAUGGGCAGACAGCGACAAGGGAGUGAAGAUAGAUGAUCUUGGCUUCACACUCGUGGACCUUAGUCGACAAGGACACAAAAAUGAUAAAUAUGUGUCCGUUGACCAAGUGAAGCAAAUUUUCUACGUUGAAGAUCCAGUUGAUUCUACAUGGUCAGUUGUAUUAACCUCAACGAGUCGCGACUAUCAUGAAGUGUAUGAUGAUGAUGAAUUAGGAGACACGAUACUGGAAAAUCCACCUUUUUGCUCUAAAAUCCCUGCAAUUGAUCCAGAGGCUGAUUCUGGAAAUCUAAGAGAGAAUGGAGAGGGAAUUUGGAUCAAGAAGUGA